AUUAUUGUUCCCGUUCAUUAUCUUUUGGCCUGACAGCUAACAUGUUCAGCAAGUAUGUUCUCUUUUCAUUCAUAUAGUGUAUGGAAUUUUAAUAUGUUUUUUAAAAUCUGAUAUUUUAUUUUUCUGUUUUUCCAUGUGUAUACCUGAACAAUUGUAGUAGCCUACUAACUUCUGUUAUUUCUCUCUAUACCAUAAUAAUCCCUUCUUACUCAGAGGGGAUAUAUUCCAAGACCCCCAGUGGAUGCCUGAAACUGGAUAUUGCUGAAGCUAUGUAUACUAAAAUUUCUUCCUACACCAAAAUACUUAAGAUAAAGUUUAAUUUCCAAAUUAGGCACAGUAAGAUAUUGGCAACAAUCAUAAAAUAGAGCAAUCAUAAAAAUGUUUUAUAACACAAGAUAUAUAAAUGUAUGCUCAAAAUAUCUUACUGUAAUUUCACCUUACCAUGUAGAGGAAGUACUUUAUGGUUUCCCUUCAGCAAAUCUGAAUUGCUUGGAUUACUAUUCUUAUGCUUUGGAGCCAUUCUAGAGUAAAGAACACCCCACAAUUAGAUCUCCUAACCAAGAUGGAUACGAAGUGACUGACUGGUUGUAUACAUUGAGGACACAUAUCAGGGAGUAAACUACUUCAUGUCCAAGGGUAUCCUAGAUGAUUCGCCAAAGGAAAUAGCAAAGUUUAUCUUCUGUACAAGAACGCUAAAUUGGAAAAAACUGAGAAUCUAUCUUGAUGAAAGGAGAGAUGUCUUGGAUGAUCUUGUAACCUUGCAUAAUUUUAGAAAUCAGUUCUUACCAAAUGCACUGAGAGAAUUUUUUCGUCAUAUCCAUGCCCCUGAAGAGCGUGGAGAAUAUCUUGAAACUCUUAUAACAAAGUUCUCACAUAGGUUCUGUGCUUGUAAUCCUGAUUUAAUGCGAGAACUUGGCCUUAGUCCUGAUGCUGUCUAUGUACUGUGCUAUUCUUUGAUUCUACUUUCCAUUGACCUCACUAGCCCUCAUGUGAAGAAUAAAAUGUCAAAAAGAGAAUUUAUUCGAAAUACCCGUCGUGCUGCUCAAAACAUUAGUGAAGAUUUUGUAGGGCACCUUUAUGACAACAUCUACCUUAUUGGCCAUGUGGCUGCAUAAAAGCACAAUUGCUAGGACUUCAACUUUUUACUUCAGACUACAGCUAUCCAAGGACUUAUUAACAGAUGUGGGGUUACAUCCGUGUUGGUCAUUCUAGCCUCUGUAUACAAUCAAGCUUGAGUAUACAACUUCUUUUUCUUUCACUGUUUUCUUUUUUAGUAAUUUCCUGGGGAAAUAAUUUUGCAGGACUUUUCUCAAUUUUGCUUAUUAUGUUUUGCACAAAGCUGAGCCAUUAUCUGACCCAGCUGUUAAGAAUGUUAAACUGACAUACAUUAUACUCUGUAAGAUGGUGUAUUUGUGCAUUAGAUUUGCCUGAAAAACUUUAUCCAUUUCCAUUUUUUAAAAAUACAAUGGAUUGUGUACAUAUUUAACUAAAGAGAUUUAUAA